AUGGCACGAACCAACAAGCAAGCAAGCACACAGUCAGGCCCUCUCCGCCGCGGACGCAGCGCCAACACCAACUCGACCCUCGAGCGUAGGCUCAGCGACCCGGAAGACAUUUUGCGCCAAGCCAAACGUGAGGCUCGCGCUGCCACUGCGAAACCCAAGGGCAAAGCCGCAGGACGUGGUAGGAGGAAGGCCUCUCGUAGUACUCAGGCCAAGGCUUCCACAGCUUCAUCGCCGAGCAAGGAACCGACCCGUCAAGGCUCACAAGGAAGUGCUACGAAUGCGCAGUCACCGACGAGCGCAGUCAGCCAGCAAGCCACUGCUGAACCUCGGACGACUGAACAGUCCCCAAGUCGUCAGACGAGUCCUCAGCAAUCUCCUACUACGCCUGGGCCUCCUCAGCGAACGAGACGCCAAAGCAGUCUUCAGCAGUCGCCAAGAACGCCGGCAGCGAGCCAGCAGUCUCAUUCUCCUACAAGCUCGCAGCAGUCGCCCGGCUUGAUUCGACCACGACAGGAAUCUUUGGCAUUGCCCCUGGUUCCGCAAACAACGCCGCAAUCGUCGCCUACCACCACUGGACCUGUGGCACAGACCCCACCACAGCAAUCACCGAGUAGUCAGGCAAGCCCAUCGCUCAGCCCGCCCGGGGCGCCUCGGAAACCUUCUGGACAGCGGCCGAAUCCGCAACCACCACUACAGUCGCCAACUCCUGGGGCAAACCGCUGGCCUGGUCUCUCAUUUGCGCCUUCUCUGCAGAGGCAAGCGGCUCGAACACCACCGCAGCAAUCAACGAGUAGUCAGGCAAGCCGGUCGCUUAGUCCCCCUAGAGCACCCCGGAAACCUUACCAAUGGCCAAACGCGCAACCUUCACCACAGUCGCCAACUCCUGGAGCAAACCUUUCGUCUUCUCCCUCAUCGGAGCCGCAAGAGUCUGGUCAGCAGGGUCCGAUGGAGCAGACACCACCACAAUCGUCGGAUGGUCAAGCGAGCCGAUCGCUUAGCCCUCCUAGGGCGCCGCGGAAGGGUCAACAGGGCCGGCUGAAUCUGCAGUAUGAUACGUCUGAAGCCUCUCAAGACUCACCAACCAGAGGCAGAGGAAUUGCACAGCCAGGGCACCAAGACGUGGGCUCUAGUGAGUCAGCCAGCGACUCGAAAAGCAGUUCUGCAAGCGCCGGGAAGCGUGAAAGAGACGCCAGUGACGAGGAUUCAGCGUUUGAGAAACGGCAGAAGAAGGAGCCUGCGAGUGAGCCCGACAAGACAGCAGAACCAAGCACAGGAGACCAGAUAGGUCUAGGGAUCAGCACUUCUGAGUCUUCCUGCGAACAACUAGAGAGACGCUUGAAGACUUACCGCCAGAACCCUCCUUCACAACAACAGGGAUACCAGGAUCCGGUGGGAGCAUAUGGUGAAUCCAUGAUUGAUGAAGAUGUAUUCCGAUGCAUCGCAGCUGUCUCCGAGGCCACUGGAUGCUUCGCCAGCAUGAGCGACCUCACGAUGCGUGUACCACCCACAGAUGAAGUUCCGGCCAAUCUGUUCAUCGCAAGGCCGACUCGUAAGGCGCUGGUCUCAUGGACAACCCAGGAGCGAUCAGGGGGGCGAUUUCCUGCUCCAAGCCACACUCAUGUCGAGCUUCUCCACAGAGACUCUGCGAAUACCCACAGCCAUCGUGGCAAUGGAUUACAACCCAGCCGACACGCGAGCGAGGUUCGAAGACGACUGGUUAACGCCGGCUGGGUGGGUGGCGAUAUCCAUCCCACCGAGAGGGAAGACACCACCGUAGCCCGGCAAUCGCGGAGCUGGACAUGUUGUGUCCACACCAUCUACAACGCAUGGGCGUACGUGCUGGAUCUUGAACUGUCUCCACGGCCAGUUGAACCCAGCAGAUACAUGGACUUCAUUAUGCGCGGGCAAGAGCUCCUACGACUAUCAGUGCAAGGCCUCGUCGACUCUCAACUCAUCUGGGCGUUCUUCGAUUGCUACGGAUUCAUUCAGCCGAACCAAACGAUCCCUGCCGACCGACGAUUUGACGACUCUGUCCCCUUUCUCAACGAAGAAGCUGUGAGAGCUCAUGCGAACAGAAUCCGUCUGCGGGACCAGAUCAGGGAUAUGAGACGAGACGGCGAGCUCCCUCCAGGCUUUCCGGAUUUCGAGACGGCCCUCUCGCUUCCCGACUCCCUCGAAGGUCAGAUUAUGCCACUCAGUGCGUUGACCGUCGAGCAUCUUCUGGCGAGGCACGCGCUUCAAGAGUCCUUGGGCGCGAGUAGUCAGCGAGAGACCUCUUUCCCACCUGAUGACAUGCAGAAGGCGAUUCGGAACAGUCUGGCGGACGCUACGACGCAGCAAACCAACACGGAUGCAACACAAGGCGAGCGAGAGUCGACUGUAGAUUCUACCGAGGCGCUCAAUCAAGCCAUUGCUUUGAGCAUGGAGCAAGAGUCCACUAUGCAGCGAGAAGUAUCUGACGACACUGCAGACCAGGCCACCACCGAACCGACCUCAACCUCAGGACUGCCAGACACAGCACCAUGCAACAACAGUCAAGGCUCAGCAUCCGAGCAGGUUCGCUCACCUCCAGCACCGGUAGCUUCAAGCCCACCACGCCCUAGUACGUCCGGCUCUCUAGGCUCAGUACCCAGAGUGGCAUCCAAAAUACCUUCCCUCACCGACUCAGAGCCGGGCUUUCUUGAUGGAACUCCCCAGGUCUUACCCACGACUGAAAGGAACGGACGCCGAGCACAAGCUCAAGUGCACAUCGAUGAGGCUCUCCGCUCUGCUGAUGCUGCCAGCCCGCCACCGGCUACACAAGCAAAUACCCAGCAAUCUUCCCCGCCGCCAAUUGCGUCGUCUAGUUUCGCAGCCGCCAACGCCGACCAGAGCCCCAUUUCCCCCCAACCACCAGCCCAACUCCUUACCAACGCCGUCGAAACAUCAAACACCGACGAUGAAGACGACUGGACCCCCGACACCGACCGCGAGCUCUUCGGCUACCCGGAAGAACUCGCCGCCAUCGGCCCACAGAUCAGCAACGACAGCCUCCCCGACUACGAAGACGACGAGGGCUUCGAUGACCUGGAGGAGCGCGUAGAUGUGCAGGAAGGUGAGCCUUUGACUCCUAUUUCCCCUCCGUCGACGCUUGCUUUGCCGCCGUGUCCGGCAGGUUCGUUUGUGGGUUUGAGUGGAAGCUUACGAGGGCAGCAGGACUUUGGUGAUGUGGAUGGGGACGCUGAUGAUGAGGAUGAGGGUGUGGGUGGCAUGGAUGAUGACGGUGAAGAAGGGUUGGAUGGUGUCGCCCCACUGGAUGACAUGACCGAGAAUGACGAGCAAAGAAGAAUGUUUGCUCCACAGCCUUUUGACGAAGAUUUGGAGCAGGAGAUCGAAUUCGAUGACGAAGCACAAGAGACCGUCGAGGUUCCGCCCAUCGCAUCCGCCGCCCUGACUCUAGAGGUGAUAGUCCAGCGGGAUGAGGAAAGAAGGGAGGCUGAGGGAUCUCUCGAGGGACACCUGGAGCAGGAGAUUGAUUUCGACGAGGAAGAAGACUGGCAGUUAGCAAAUGAAGGCGGAGGGGCCAAGGAGUACCGCGAUUACAGUGAUUUCUAA